AUGCCUCAAUUGGACUUGAAUAACCUGCAGCCACCAUUCUCCCAAGACCACAGGGGUCUUACUGAUGUGGAAUUUGAGACACUUAAAACCAAGGCCCUGGAAGCCAGAAACUUAUCAUACUCACCUUAUUCAAACUUCAAAGUCGGAUGUAGCAUUCUGCUGCCCGAUAAUACUUUUAUAAAGGGAGCAAACGUUGAGAACGCCAGCUAUGGUGCUUGCAUUUGCGCUGAAAGAACCACGAUAACUCAUGCCGUAAUGUUGGGCCAUAGAUCCUUCAAAGCCCUAGCAGUAUCCACAGAACUGGAAUCAAUUGCAUCACCGUGUGGAAUUUGUAGACAAGUGAUCAGAGAGUUUGCAGAUGAGAAACUUACUUUGCCCAUCUUUAUGUUCAAUAAAGACGGAUCAAAGUUUGUGAAAAUGACACUAGACGACUUGUUACCGUUGAGUUUCGGGCCAGAACAAUUACAAUAG